UACACCACUGCGCCUCCCAAAAUGUUUUAGAUUUUUGUGUAGGAAGUUUUAGUUAAAUUCGUGAUUUUUGGAGCAAAUUUGAUUAUGUAAAACAAAUGAAAUUAAGAAAAUUAAAAAGAGUAUUUAUUGAAAUUGACAGUUCCCGAUCUUUCCGUAGGUACACAAAGAGUACGUUAAUUCACAAUUAUUGUAAUUAAUUUGAACAGGCAUGAUCCACGCUGGUAUAGGAGAAACACACAUGAAUGGCUUUCUUGUGACAUUAGGGAUACCACCAAUACACCAUAAAACAUUGAAAAAACAUGAACGGAAAUUUGGAAAAGUUAUGGAGGAAAAUGCACGAGAUUCAUGUGCCCGUGCGUGCGAAGAGGAAAAGGCGGCAUCACAAGCUUGUAUGUUACCAGCGACUGUCACAGAACGAGGUGAUGGCGAUAACAUAAGAGACACGUUCCUGCAUGAACCAAAUACUGAUCGGGUUGCAGCAGACGACAAAGAGAUCUACGCAGCAGAUGACACCGACACUGAUCAAAUAACUUUUGAUGAGGCAAUGGCUAUGUUAGAAGAAUAUGACAGAGCUAGCGCAUCAAAUGAGAUUCAGACUACAGACCAAGCAGAGGGACAGUCAUCCUCUCACAUCUCUGCAUUAAACGAAGAUACAUCACAAAAUAUGGUAGAAAUGGAGACUUUGCAGAAAGACCAAGUUGAAGUUGUUGUUAGCCAAGACGCAGCAUGGUCAAAACGUGGCCGCGGAAUGAACAGUUUAUCAGGUUAGUACAAGAACGAUUAUCAAGAUGAAUGAAUUGAUAAAUUA